CAAACUCGUGAUGAAAACUAACCUCACUCAACCUGUUUUAACAAUUUGUUUUUCGUUUAUACGAACUAUUUAAUAUUAUUACUUUAAAAAAAUUAUUUAAGAGACUACGAUAUGGAGAACGCUAAUGUAGCUAAUUUCGUUGUGUUUAAAACAAUUUUGUUGUACACUACCUUUAUCUUAGCAGCUCCUAUUACAACAUUUUUUGUAUCUAAAUUUUUCAUUUUUGAAGGUAUUAUCGGUACGUCGGAUUUAACAGGCAACGUAUGGUCCGCAGUUUUAGCUGUAAUAAUGCUACAUAUAGCACUUGGCCUUUAUAUAUACAAGGCUUAUUAUGAGGCUGAAAAAGUAAAACCAUUAGAGAAAAAGGACUAGUUCUGAACUGAUCGCAGCUUUCUCUAGUAUUGGGACUGUGAUAAUUAGUUAAUAGUGAUUUUCGAUAUAGGAUUUUUAUAAAGUGGUAGAUGUAACUUGUAUAUAUUUAAUAAUUUUAGAAACAAUUUGCAAAAUAUUUUUUUUUUUACAACAAAAACGUUUGUUAAUGGCAUGUUGAAUGUCUGUAUGUUGCAGUCCACAUUUAUUACUGUGCCCUUUAUAUUUAAAUUAUCUGGCUGCAAUCAUUGUUUUACAUUUUUUGGUACAAAGCAUAAACAUGGAAUUAAUUGUAUCAUGUGUCGGUAUUUAAUAUUUGCAUAGGGUAAUUUAAUAAAUUCUAUUCAAAAUAAAAUGCUAUGGUGUUUUUUAUAACAAAAGGACUGUUCAUCAGUGUUGUUCGAAUUGAAUCGACUGAUUUUUCAGUUGACAAAAUUUAGAAGAAUAAAAGGUGUAUCAUAAUUGUUUUUACCUACUUGACAUUGUUAAACAUUCUGAUAUUUAUUAGACUAGUUAAAAGAAAAUAAAAAAUUACAAUAGUUGUAAAAAUUUGUAACAUUUAUAA